CGGACGAAGGUUAUGGAAGCUGAUGAGUUUGAUGCCCCAAUAGCACCAUCGUUUCCUACACAAAUUCGCAGUAGUGGCUUCGCAAAUCCACAACCAACUCUGGACGAUUAGGAAGGAACUGAAUUGCAAUAGUUGCAGAGUCUGCUACUGUGCGGCUAUCGCCCCUGCUGCACAUCAUCAAGCCAACCCACAAUCAACAUCGUCACCACUUCUCCUCCUCGUCAUCCCACUCUCCUUGUGAUGACGUUGUUUCUUCUGUGUUCCACGGGUGCCCCAGGCGAAUAAGCCCACGUGCUUAUUCGUGGACGGUGUGAGGAGGCUGAAGCAACAGGCAAAGCAUGCCAUGCGACGGAGGCGGUGAUGGACAUCGCGGUGAGAUCGUGGUGAGAUCGGAGUAGCGGGGGAAGGGAGGGGGGAGGGGGAGGAGGAGGAGGAGGAGGAAGCAAAGGAAAGGCAGAGAGAGUGAGACUCGGACUGUGGCCAAGCUGCCCUCUCUCUCCGACGGGGGACGACCUAUGGUCAUGGGAGCCUCGGGUUCCAAGCUGGAGAAGGCAUUUGGCGAUCAAUUUCCCGAGGGAGAGCGCUACUUUGGCCUCGAGAAUUUCGGCAACACUUGCUACUGCAAUAGCGUUCUGCAGGCUCUGUACUUCUGCGUCCCAUUCCGGGAUCAAUUGUUGGAGCAUUGCGGUCAGAGCAAACCCGUCGCUGAAGCAGAGGAGAAUCUGCUGACGUGCUUGUCCGAGCUGUUCUCACAGAUAAACUCGCAGAAGAAGAAGACUGGGGUGAUAGCCCCGAAGCGAUUCGUGCAAAGAGUGAAGAAGCAGAAUGAGCUGUUCCGGAGUUACAUGCAUCAGGAUGCCCAUGAGUUUCUGAACUUUCUGCUGAAUGAGCUGGUUGACAUCCUGGAGAGAGAGGCGAAAGCAGCGAAGUCGAAUUCAGGGUGUGAGACGUCACCGGGCAAGGUGGUGGGGAAUGGGUCAGUGAGCGGCCUGGCGAACGGAACGCACAAGGAAGCAGUGGUGACAUGGGUACACAAGAUAUUCCAGGGGAUACUGACAAACGAGACGAGAUGCUUGCGAUGCGAAACCAUCACUGCGCGAGAUGAGACAUUCUUGGAUCUGAGCCUGGACAUCGAGCAGAACAGCUCCAUAACGAGCUGCCUGCGGAAUUUCAGUUCUACGGAAACGCUGAACGCGGAGGACAAGUUCUUUUGCGACAAGUGUUGCAGUUUGCAGGAAGCGCAAAAGAGGAUGAAGAUAAAGUCGGCACCGCGGAUUCUAGCGCUGCACCUGAAGCGAUUCAAGUACAUCGAGCAGUUGGGGCGGUACAAGAAGUUGUCGUACCGGGUGGUGUUUCCGUUGGAGUUGAAGCUUUGCAACACGACGGACGAUGCACCUGGGUCGGAGGCAGAGUACUCGUUGUUUGCGGUGGUGGUGCACGUGGGGAGUGGACCGAAUCACGGGCACUACGUGAGUCUGGUGAAGAGCCACAACCACUGGCUGUUUUUCGACGACGAGAACGUGGAGAUCAUCGACGAGUCGAUCGUGCAGACAUUUUUUGGAUCGACGCAGGAGUAUUCGAACAACACGGACCACGGGUACAUUCUGUUUUACGAGAGCUUGGAGCAGAAGAGCUAAGGUUGGGAAGCGGAGAGGGUGAGGAAGGUAGGAAUGGUGGAGGAAUGGUUGCGAUGAGGUGAUGGCAUCCCCUCUCUUUUUUUCAGGAGGAUGCGUUAUGGUAGGUGGUGAUUAAGAGGAGUUGGACAUGAGUGUUGUUGAGAGAUGAAGAGUAUUUGCAAGGUAGGAACACGGCCAUAGUCAACCAUUACAAAUUGUUUGAGUUUCGAUUUCUUUUUUUUACCUCAUUGCUUGCGGUUUGGCA